GGAUAGGAUCAGGAAUUCUGGAUUGGCGCAUGUCUUUGAUCCAAGCUGUGAAGAUUGGUCUGAAUGAUUAGAAUAAUAAUAUAAGUGACUUGUAAAGUUUGGAUCUGUGUCGUAACAGUGAUCGGUGAAGAAGAAGCACUCGCAUUAUUAGUAGCAUAAGUAUAUAUAAUAAUCCAAGUAGGUUUUCACAUUCCAAUUCGUCCUGCGUUGAGUGUUGACUUCACUGAUACUCGCUGGAAUUGGGAAAUGGGGUCUGCCAUAAUUCGCAGGAGCAUCACCCGCUACCUCAACCACCCUUCUCUUCUUUCUUCUUCUUCUUCUUGGUGUUUGAGUCAGCAACAACAUGCGCGUGUUUCAAACCCCCUUUCAUCAUUUCUUCACACCAAAACCAGCGGUGGCGGUGCAGCACUUCCUUCUUACAUGCGAGGAGCUGUGUAUUGGGAACCCAACAAGCCUCUCACCAUUGAAGAGUUCAACAUGCCUCGACCCAAGGCCGGGGAGCUUCUCAUCAAAACCAAGGCUUGUGGAGUUUGCCACUCUGAUUUGCAUGUUUUGAAAGGUGAAAUCCCUUUUUCAAGUCCAUGUGUUGUGGGUCAUGAGAUCACUGGUGAAGUUGUUGAACAUGGACCUCUCUCUGACCCCAAAAUUAUUGAAAGGCUUCCACUUGGAUCUCGAGUUGUUGGGUCCUUCAUCAUGCCUUGUGGCAACUGCUCCUAUUGUUCAAAGGGCCAUGAUGAUCUAUGUGAAGAUUUCUUUGCUUAUAAUCGUGCAAAAGGAACACUAUAUGAUGGUGAAACUCGAUUAUUUCUUAGAGGCAGUGGAAAACCAGUAUUUAUGUAUAGUAUGGGAGGGCUUGCAGAGUACUGUGUUGUGCCAGCAAAUGCUUUGUGUGUAUUACCGAAAGCAUUGCCAUAUAGUGAAUCUGCAAUUCUAGGAUGUGCUGUUUUUACUGCUUACGGUGCUAUGGCUCAUGCGGCUGAGGUGCGUCCUGGUGAUUCUGUUGCUGUUAUUGGAACUGGGGGUGUUGGUUCUAGUUGUUUGCAGAUAGCUAGAGCAUUUGGUGCCUCAGAUAUAAUUGCUGUGGAUGUUCAGGAUGAAAAGCUACAAAAAGCAAAGACAUUUGGUGCUACUCACACUAUAAAUUCCACAAAGGAAGAUCCCAUCCAAAAGAUCAUUGAAAUUACUGGUGGGAAGGGCGUUGAUGUUGCUGUGGAAGCCUUGGGAAAACCUCAGACAUUUGCCCAGUGCACACAGAGCGUGAAGGACGGAGGAAAAGCCGUGAUGAUUGGACUGGCACAAGCUGGUUCUGUGGGUGAGAUGGAUAUAAACCGGCUUGUUCGUAGAAAGAUACAAAUUAUAGGGUCGUAUGGAGGGAGAGCCAGGCAAGAUCUUCCAAAGUUAAUGAGAUUAGCAGAAUCAGGAAUAUUCAAUCUUGAGCAUGCUGUUUCUAGAAGAUACACCUUUGAGGAGGCAGCCAAAGCAUUCCAAGAUCUCAACCAAGGAAACAUUGUUGGUAGAGCUGUCAUAGAUAUAAACUAGUCCAAUGUUCCAAGCACUGUUGCAAGGUGUUGGGGUCCUGUGCUGUGUUAUGAUCUUGUGAUAAACAAAACUAAUUGCAGUCAGAUGACAUGCUCAAAUAAAAAGGGCCUAUUCUUUUAAUGCCA